AUGGCUUUCAGGCCACUGGAUGUGUGGAACCGUUGGGCCAUCCAGAUCCUGCUGCUGUUGAGCCUCGGCAUGCACGUCCUCCUCCUACCCCUCGCCGGAAUCCGGCGGCGUCGAGCCCCAAUGCUGCUGCGGGUCCCUCUGUGGCUGGUGUACCACCUGGCCGACACCAUUGGGAUCUAUGCGAUCGGGAUCCUCUCCCUGAGCAGCGCGCCGCGCGAGCACCGGCUGAUGCCGUUCUGGGCGCCCUUCCUCCUGCUGCACCGCGGCGGCCCCGACAGCAUCGGCGCCUACGCAUUCCACGACAACCAGCUCUGGCUGCGCCACCUGCAGCUCUUCGUCGUCAAGGUCCUGGCAGUCACCUACGUCCUCUACAUACUUCUCCCUAGAGGCGACACCUUCCUUGCGCUGGCCUCUCUGCUGAUGUGGGCCGUCGGCGUCGCCAAGUACGGGGAGAAGGUGGCGGCGAUCAGGGGCGGAAACAAGAGCAGCAUCCGGAGCUCGCUCACGAAGAAGCCUCCCGCCGCCAGGCACCACCACGUUCACCACUGGGACCACGGCGUGCCGAACAAGGCCGCCGCCGUCGACGAGGAAGAAGCCCACCUGCGGCACGCGCACCACAUGUUCCACUUCUGCAAGCGCGCCAAGGUGGACCCCUCCUGGCUGGAGAAAGACCCCGAGCACAGCACCCUGGAGAUGCUCAGGGCGCUCAAGAAGCAGGACGCCAGGGGCAUGUGGGCGUUCGCGGAGCUGCAGCUCUCCCUGCUGUACGACGUCCUCUACACCAAGUCCGCCGUGGUCCACACCUGGCCGGGAUACCUUCCUCCGCCUCGCCUCGUCUCUCGCCAUCGCCGCCGCGUUCCUGCUGUUCCAUUUCAGUGGCAGAGACGACGACGUCGUCGUCGACGUGGUCGUCACCUACGUCUUGCUGGCAGGGGCCUUGGUCAUGGAGAUGGCGUCGGUGCUGAACGCGCUGGGCUCCUCGUGGACCUACGCCUUCCUGUGCACCACGCGGUGGAGCUGGCUCCGCUUGUCAAGACAAUACAGGGAAGAUCUGUCAGUGUUAGGAGGUGGUCUGGCGAGAUGGGGCAGUAUAACAUGCUGCACUUCUGCAGCCGUCACAGAAGGGCUCACAGGCCUCUUGCAGGAAGAAUGGCCAUGGCGCUGGGUUUCGAGUACUGGUGGAACCGGAAGCAUUACUCAGCCACAGCUGACAUCUCCGACGAGCUGAGGCAGGGGCUGUUCCGGUACGUGCAGAGUCUGACCGAGACGGGGCUGAACUCGCAGGGCGUGAUCAGGAAGAGCUGGGGUCAGGAGGCGCUUGAGAGAGAGGACAAGGGUUUGUAUGAACGCAUCAAACGAGACAGGAACCUCGGCGUGGAGUUCCAAGAGGGCGUCAUCAUCUGGCACAUCGGCACCGACAUCUUCCUCGCCAGAUCAAGAAGCGGUGUAGAAGAAGCAGCUCGUGGUGGUGACGAAGAUGCAGCAGCAGACCUCCUGCUGGUGGUGAAGUCGAUCAGGACACUGUCCAACUACAUGAUGUUCCUCCUCGUGAACCACCCAGACAUGCUGCCUGGCCUUGCCCAGGGCAUGGUGUACCGGCGAACCUGCGAGAACCUAUCCGACAGGUGCAAGAAUCAACAAGGUCGUCAUCUUAUUAACAGAGAUAUCGGUGCAAAGCUCGGAGAGAUGUUCUGCCUGCAGGAUGGCCCUGCUAGUGUCCCUGAACAACAACUGAGCCAUGUACAUGAGCUUGCCAACAAGGUGUAUGAGGAGAUGCCAAAAUACAGCCAGAGUGUCCCUCGCCUUUGCUACGCCAAUGGAGUCGCGGUAGAGCUGCUUGGCAGAGUCAAGGAGAAAGGCGUCGAGGCCGUCUUGAGAUUGCUCCUUGACGUGUGGAUGGAUUUCGUGGUGUACGCGGCCAAUCGGUGCAGCAGGGAGUCCCACGCCAAGAAGCUCAGCAGUGGCGGCGAGUUGACGAGCGUUGUCUGGAUGAUGGUAAACUUCCUUAACCAAGAAGCUUAUGCACGGCAGAAAGAUUGA